AUGUUAAAAAUUUCAAUUAUAAGAGUGUUAAUUUUAUGUUUAUUUUUAAAAUUAAAUGUUUAUCAGAUUGUAAUUUAUUUAUUAAUAUUAUCUUUAUUAUUUUUAAUAUUAGGUUUAGCUAAUGAUGGUAGUAUUGUUACUAAAUAUUUAUUUUUCGAUUUAUUAAGAUUUAAUAUAAUAAUUUUAACAAUUUGAAUUACUUUUUUAAUAUUAAUUGCUAGUUCAUUUUCUAUAACAUUUAAAAACAAAUAUUUUUUAUUUUAUGUGCUAUUAAUAAUAAAUAUAUUAGUAUAUUGNUUUUCUUCUAGAAAUUUAUUAAUAUUUUAUUUGUUNUUUGAAUCUGUUUUGUUCCCUAUUAUUAUAAUAAUUUUUAAAUGAGGGGGUCAACCUGAGCGAAUUCAAGCUGGAUUUUAUAUAUUAAUAUAUACAAUUUUUGGCUCAUUACCAUUAUUAAUUUUAAUAAUUAAUUAUAAAAUUUCAUUAAGAAUUCAUUAUAAUGAAUGAGUUUUUAAUAAAAUAGGAAUUUUAUAUGUAUUUAUAAUAUUAGGAUUUUUAGUAAAAAUUCCAAUAUUUUUAUUCCAUUUAUGACUCCCUAAGGCUCAUGUUGAAGCUCCUAUUUCUGGUUCUAUGAUAUUAGCAGGUGUACUAUUAAAAUUAGGAUUUUAUGGGCUUUAUCGAUUUAAAAGAUUUUUUUUUUUAGAUUUAAAAAUAAUAUCAUUGCUUUUUAUUGUUAUCUCAAUUUGGGGUUCUGUUAUAAUUAGAAUUUAUUGUAUAUUUCAAGUAGAUAUUAAAUCUUUAAUUGCUUAUUCUUCUGUUUCACAUAUAGGAAUUUCACUGGCAGGGUGUCUUACUNUUUUUUCUUAUGGUUCUUAUGGUAUAUUAAUAAUUAUAAUUGGUCAUGGCCUUUGUAGAUCUGGUCUUUUCUGUUUGGCAAAUAUACUUUAUGAACGCUUUUUUACGCGUAAUAUUUUACUAAUUAAAGGAAUAAUUAAUAUUUUUCCUAAUUUGUCUUUAUGAUGAUUUUUAUUUAGUGUAAUUAAUAUGUCGGCCCCAAUAACAAUGAAUUUAUUUGGAGAAUUGUUUUUAAGUGUAAGAUUAUUAAAAUAUAGAAUAAUUAUAAUAUUUCCUAUUAUAUUAUUAAUUUUUUUAAGAGCUUGUUAUUCUAUUUAUAUAUAUAGUUAUAUUAAUCAUGGUUCAGGAUGAAUUUUAUUUAGAAGUUUUAAUAUUUCUGAACGUGAAUAUUUUUUAUUAAUAAUACAUUUAUUCCCUAUAANUUUUUGAUUUAUAAAAAUUGAUUUUUUUAUAAAAUGAAUUUAA